AAAUCCACUAAAGGAAAAGAAAAAAGUGAACACUAAGCAAUGGUAUUUUCUAUUUAUUCAGAACAAAUGGUAUCCAACAGGCAUCAACGUAGACUCCUUCUCUUUAUUAUAAUAAUCGUGAUAGUCUUUACAGCGACGUGGUAUUUAAGGUCUUCUAAUACAAAUUAUAUGAACUUGUAUGCAUCUGUAAGAAGCAGUUCAAACCUGGGACAGAAUUCCUUAGUCAUAGACAGCUUUGAUCAUCGAAUAGGCGUCGAAAAGGAAUGGUUUAUUAAAACUUGUCUGCAAGCAGAUGACAGUGAUAAACUUAGUAUAGAAAAUUUAUUUGGAACAAUCAAGAAUUUAAGACUGGCCAAAGAUAGCACAUGCAAACAAGUUUACAAGUUGUUCCAUUCAAUUUAUGAACUAAAAACAAGUACAAGCAAUGUUUAUAUUAACAAUGUCUUUGCUAAAAAGGUAUUGAGGUGGUUUAAUGGAAAUAAACACCUCUUAGAAGAAACAAAAACACAGCACUUGAUGUUUGUCAAUAAUCGCUACACACAAGAGAGUACAGUUUUUAAUCCAUUGAGAGCAAAAAGACCUGGAGCAGGAGGAGGUGGUGGACCUGAAGUCAAGAAAGCUGUGGAUGAAAUGAUUGCAAAAUCUAGUAAAGAUUGUGACUUCUGCAAUUUUAGAAAUAUGACAGCGAAAGAUCCAUUCGGAAGUAUAGAAUCUAAGUAUGCUGUUUCAGUUUCAAACACUUUCAAGAUAGAGAAAUUUCAUGGCCUAAUAUUAUGGAAGCAUCACAAUCCAAUGGAAUUCAAUGAAGAACAGUUUCUUGAUUUAAUGGACGUCGCUCAAAAAUGGUUUGUCAAGGCACACAACGCAGAUAAAGAGUAUUCGUAUCCUCAUAUUUACUGGGAUGUUCUGAGUAAAGCAAGUGCGAGCCAGCCACACCCGCAUCUUCAUGUUAACCUUGCCUCGGGACAGUAUUACGCAAAGUGGGCUCGUCUUCACGAGGCAGCGAUCUCCUACUCGAGAAAUCAUCAAGGAGCAAACUACUUCACUCAUCUCGUUAAGGUACACAGCUUGUUGGGUCUUACGGUUCACUUUGGAGAGGCUACAGCAAUGGCGUAUGUGACGCCACAGGCUUCCCACGAAGUGAUGCUCAUCAGCAAACGGCCUGGUAAUGAUAUAUUUCGCCUAUUGUUUUACACGAUGAGAGCUUACAUUGAUGACAUGGGACUGUAUGCCAUGAGCGCAGGCAUGGUUUUUCCAAAGAUGAUCCCAAAACCUGAGAAUGGUGAUCUUCCUAUGAUAAUGAGAGUCGUUUACAGAGGAGCACUUACAUCGAGUCGCGCUGACAUAAGUUCUAUCGAGCUUUUUGGCACGCCUAACGUUAACGUUGACCCAUAUAGCGUUGUCAAGUCUAUACGAAGGACCAUGGCCAAGCACAAUGCAGUAGAAUCAUAAACGAAUGUAAGGUAAUCAACACCACCUGAGUGAUUUACUACUAACAACAUCAUGGUAUUAACAAGAUCAUUUGUUAUUCUGGGUCACUUGGUGUUUUUAAGCAUUUUGGAUAUUUUAAAAAGGAUUUUUAAUGUUACAUUUUGGCUAUAUUGAUUGGUAUGAGAAUUACGCGGUAAGCUCCAAAUCACAUGGUUUACAGAAUUUGGAGGAUUUAUAUAUUUACGGUAGCAAGUACUGGAUUGGCUAGCUUAGGUCACGUGACAAGCUCAAGACAAUCAGUUCCAACGUCUUUGCGGAUAUUUCGUAAUUAUAAUCUCAUUGGAUGGCGGCUUAGAUCACUUGUCAAGCUCAAGUCCACUUGGAAAAAAUUGUGAGGAAUUUCCAUACUUUUCUUCCAAUUAUGACGUCAUUUUAUCGCCGGCUGCGGAAAUUACCAACACCAAAGGAACAAUACUCAAGAGAAAGACGCGUGGUCUUAAAUGAGAAAACAUAACGCUCACUUACGGCAAGAGGGUUCAUUUAUUCCUUACUAGCUUUGGAGCAUCUAUUUUGAACAACCAUCAGAGAAGCUAGAUAAACCUGACUUAUCUUCACAAAACCAUCCUUUCUUCCAAUUAUGACGUCAUUUUAUUGGCUGCUGGCCGGGCUUCUGGAGAAGUUGGGAUAUGGUUAGAAUAACCAGUUCCCGAAGCUUUUCACAGUUUUUUGUUGGCUGCCUACAACGUUAUGACAUGGAUGACAUACCUCAAAAUUUGCACGUUUUUGAUUGGAUAAGCAGGAUCACGGAAUAUGUGAUCAACUUUAUUGGGGCUUUUUACGUUUCCAGAUGAAAGACCAACGAGAGACUCGUAAAUAAAGCACAUUUCUGAAUUGUUUUCGCGGAUACCCCAAACCAACGUGGUUGGAACUUGGUUGAAAUUAAAACUGACAAACUGAUAUUAUUUAUAGUUUAUGUUCAAAAAUUUAAAUCUUUGUAAAUAUGAUUCUGAUUGCAGUGAAUUAUUUUUCCACCAUCUCUUUUAACAAGAAAUCCACCGUCAUACAGCCCAUGCUUAUUAACUAUUAAAACAAAAUCAAGGAUAUGGAAA